AUGCGCCAGGCCAACGGGCACAGCCGCCGGAGCCGGGGCGGCGUGCGUGCGCGUGCGCGAGGGGUCACGUGGGAGCGACGCAGCGCCGUUGCCCCGCCCUCCCUCGGCGCGCGCCGGCGUCGGCUGCGUCUCCGGGCAUUUGAAUUGCGCUUCCGCCAUCUUUCCAGCCCUCAGUCAGACGGGCUCGGAGACGCUUCUGGAAGUAGCAUCGCGAUGGCUGCGCAAGGAGAGCCCCAAGUGCAGUUCAAGCUCGUAUUGGUUGGUGACGGCGGUACUGGGAAAACUACAUUUGUGAAACGCCAUCUGACUGGUGAAUUUGAGAAGAAGUAUGUAGCCACCUUGGGCGUUGAGGUCCAUCCCCUUGUGUUCCAUACCAACAGAGGACCCAUUAAGUUCAACGUAUGGGAUACAGCUGGCCAGGAGAAAUUUGGUGGACUGAGAGAUGGCUAUUACAUCCAAGCCCAGUGUGCUAUCAUAAUGUUUGAUGUAACAUCGAGGGUUACUUACAAGAACGUGCCCAACUGGCAUAGAGAUCUGGUACGCGUGUGUGAGAACAUCCCCAUCGUGCUGUGUGGCAACAAAGUGGAUAUUAAGGACAGAAAGGUUAAGGCAAAGUCGAUUGUCUUCCACCGAAAGAAGAAUCUUCAGUACUAUGACAUCUCCGCCAAAAGUAACUACAAUUUUGAAAAGCCCUUCCUCUGGCUUGCUAGAAAACUGAUCGGAGACCCUAACUUGGAGUUUGUCGCCAUGCCUGCUCUCGCCCCGCCAGAGGUGGUCAUGGACCCAGCGUUGGCAGCGCAGUACGAGCACGAUCUAGAGGUUGCUCAGACAACUGCCCUCCCGGAUGAAGAUGAUGACCUGUGAGAAAAGUGAAGCUGGAGCCCAGCGUCAGAAGUCUAGUUUUAUAGGCAACUGUCCUGUGAUGUCAGUGGUGCAGCGUGUUUGCCACUUUAUUAUAUAGCUAAGCAGAACAUGUGCUUAAUGUUUGGUAUGCUGAAGGAGAUGAAUGGGCUUUGGAGUGAAUGUGGCAGUUAAAAAAAAAAAAACUUCAUUUUUUUGGACCUGCAUAUUUAGGUGUUUUGGAACACAGUUCUUUCCUCCUUAAGUUUCAAAUAUAAGACUGCUACAGUCACAUCACAAUAUUCAGUGGUGGAAUCUUGUUUGUUACUGUCAUUCCCAUUCCUUUUCGUUUAGAAUCAGAAUAAAGUUGUAUUUCAAAUAUCUAAGCAAAUGAACUCAUCCCUCGUUUAAAUGAGCAUUUUAAAACCACUAACAGGGAAAAUUGUGCCAUGUUAGUAUCUGAAUUGCCUUUGCUAUUACUACUUAAUUUGAAGUCUGUUAGGUUAAAUUCUAAUUUUCUGUACAUGUGAAUCAUUUCACACAAAUGAAAUGACAGGUUAACAGUAUUGUAUUCGGUAAGUCGUUAAGAGGUGUAAAUACUGUCAAUGCAGUCAGGCUAAAAUAAUACCUACCCCACCUGUCUUUUGGCCUAGGUAGUUUCACACCUAGGGAAGAGCUUGUUUGAGAUUUGUGUGACCUGUCAGAAUAAAAGUGGUACCUGUUUUAGACGUUUCAAAUAGAGAUCUUAAGAAUUAUAGUUGCUUUUAUGGCAAAAGUAACCAUGUUCUAAUGUAGAGCUUCUCAAAGUCUGAUGAAACCAUACAGAUGGUUGCGGGAACUUGAGGGACGUCUCAUCUGUUAAAAAUGAAUAUAAAUUGUGCGUUUACUUGCCUUUUGUUUCAACGUUAACAUGUUUAACGUAAAGUUGGUAUGCUAGGAAGAUGUUCCACGUUUACCUGCUGUUGUCAAGUACUCCCAAGCUUUAAAGAUGUCAAAGAUUAAGGAUUUCAUUGGACACAUCACAGCUUUGGUGGUUUUUCUCCCCACAAAGAAUUUUUGUGGGCGGUGCAAGGACAGCAGGAUGCUGCAACAGAAAAGUAGGGCUUAGAUUGGCUUCUCAGUGAAGUGAAACAAGACUGCCAAAGUCUCAAUAGGUUAACCACUUAUGUUCGUAUGGUUUCCACAUGUAAACAUGAAUUGAGUCCGUCUUGCCUGAGUUUGAUCCCAUCGACACCAUACUGUAGCAAUUAGAAGUCAAAAUAAGAGCUGUUUUGCUCAUGUAAGUACUACUGUACUAUAGUGCAGUUUACCAAAGUUCUUUAGGUGUCCAGUUAUCCUUAAAUGAUUACUUUCCUACCUGAAAAGGUAGGGAAAGGAUCACGUCAGUAUGUGGAGAACUGAAAUAUAAAGGGUAAAAUUGGAUGCGUUUUAAUUUGUUAAAAUAUUGAAUAAAUAUUAAUAGAUUCACUUACAGAUUUGAAUUGCUGUAUAUGCUAUGCUAUAUUCAGAACCAGACUUUAACAGAUGUGAAGUUUCUUCCCAUGAUCAGGAUGAGAUAACUUACACGAAGGGUAUGUGUGUGUAACCUCAUGUAGAAUGACAAAUACGCUGAAUCUUAAAUGUAACAGUUAAAUCUUGCAAGCUACUUGGAGGUGGGAGAGAAUUUACGUCAUUCGUCGGAAGAAAAAAAUUGCCAAAUACAUUGCUUCUACUUUGCCUGGA